UGCAUUCCUUCCAUUCAGUAGAACUGGUAGAUUUGGACGCUAACCAUGACGCCGUCUUCACCGAUCACUCUGAGCUGGUUCGAUUACACCAUAUUUGCAGGUACUUUAGUUUUCAGUACUUUGAUCGGAAUCUACUACGGAUGUUUUGGAACUAAACAAGGAACAACCAGAGAGUACCUCAUGGGAGGAAAAACCAUGAAAAUCAUUCCCAUAGGAAUAUCAGUGGCAGUGAGUCAUAUUGCUGGAACCGUGCUACUAGGAACUGCAGCAGAUGUUUUCAGAUACGGAGCGAGCAUUUGGUUAUUUGUUGUGUCGAUAAUAGUAAUGGGGUUACUAACAAAUUUUCUUUAUCUUCCUGUGUUCUUUGAACUGCGCCUGAGAAACGUUUACGAUUAUUUAGGAAAAAGAUUUGACAAGAAAACAAGAAUGUUGGCAAUUAUAUUUUACAUGAUUGCUGAAAUACUUUUAUUCCCAGUGCUAGCGUAUACUCCAUCUUUAACAUUUGCCACUGCUAGUGGUUUUAAUGUAAAUCUCGUAGCUUUUAUUUUGUGUGCUAUUUGUGUAUUUUACACCUCAAUUGGUGGUUUCAAAACCGUAAUUUGGACCGAUUUAUUUCAGUUUGCCAUAAUAGUGGCAUCUUUUGUCAGUAUUUACGUACUAGGUCUUACAAACUCAAAGGGAUUCGUGUCGGUGUGGAAUACAGCUUUAGCUGGAGAGAGACUACAAGUUUUUAAUUUCGAUAUUGAUCCCACAGUAAGAGAUGGCUUCUGGGGAUACUUUCUAGGUGCAGGGUCAACCUUUACGGCCUACGUAGCCGUACGUCAAACCGGCGUUCAAAAAUUUUUAACUUUAGGAAAAUCUACAGAUCUCAAAUGGUCACCGUAAUUAGUAUGUCAGUGAUUCACACUUUGUGCGUUUUCGUUGGCUUAGUGGUUUUUGUCAAGUACAAAUACUGUGACCCACUCACUAGUCACAUGAUCUCAAAACAUGACCAAAUUUUUCCUUAUUUUGUAACUGAGAUUGGUGCCAGCGUACCAGGAAUCUCGGGUCUCUUUAUAGCAGCCAUUUGUAGUGGAUCACUAAGUUCAAUGUCUGCAAACUUAAACGCUCUCUCUGGUGUUAUUUAUAAAGACAUUGUGUACUUUUUCCUCAAGAAAAAACUCUCUGACAAAAGUGGUAGUGGUAUUUUAAA